UAAAAACUUGUUAGUGAGUUGAUUAAAGGUGUUUUAGAGAAGUUAAAGUAAUAGUUUCAUUAUGAAAUGUUCGUUUAAAGAUUAAACAGUUAGUCAAACAUCACCCGUUUCCAAGGGCAACACUCAUCUCAACCAAUCACAGAGCAGGAUACUCAACACGAGCCAAUCAGGGGACUCGUUUGAAAAUCCAAACAACAGUUCGCUGCUCAGACAGAAGUCCAGAUUUAUCCUGUAGACCGGACUCUGUAGACCGGACUCCGUAGACCGGAUAAAGAGCCCCAGACCCUCUGUUAGGUCGGGUUUAAAGGGUCUGUGUGGAUCCUUAAAGCGGUCUGAAUGAAAACCCGGGACUCACCUCCGCCGGUCCACGUCCAUGUCCCUGAGACCACUCCUGUACACGUCCACAUGAGGAGGAGUCCCUGCAGAACCCCACAGCCCAGGAUCACAGGUGCACAGGUGAAGGGAGAGGAUGGGAAGCCCAAAAUCAGGACGCCGUGGAUUCCUCCAGGAAGACUGUCCUGCAGAAGAGACAGAAGCGGAGCACAGAGUCAGUCAGGAAGUGGACUCAGGCAUCGGCGUGCUGCAGAGGAGGAUGACGAAGAAGAAGAAGAGUUGGCUGCAGUAUCCAAAAACCUCAGCGCCUUACUCAAAGAGCAAGAGAGCAUCCGGGGUUUAAAGAGCUCAGAUGUCCGGGGUCAGUCCAGAGAGUCCGCCGUUCUCCUCAGGGCGCUCGUUGAAGCAGAAAUCGACGGUGUCGCGGUCACUAAUCAGCUGACAGCGCUGAGGGAGACUACAGACGGCCUUGCUAAGGACAAACAUCUGUCCAAAUGUCACGCGGCCUCAGUGAGACGGCAGCAGCAGCUCCUGUUAGAGAAGAUCGCCAUGUUCGACAGCACCAAUCACGGCCUGCGAGAGCUCCUCAGAGAGUGGACGGACUACGAGAGAGAAUCCCUGAUCUGGUUGGAACAGAAGGACGCCAUAAAGACCAGACUGACCGACAGUGAAGCCGAGAACAUCAGACUUUUAGCCAAACUCACCCACAGAGAGAGAGAGGCGUCUAAGCUCAGCGAGCGUCUGGACUUUGAAAAGGACAAAGUGGAGACGAGCGAGGAGCUCUCCAGAGUCCUGCAGUCGACCCGGGACCGCGUGCAGUCCGAGCUGAGCCGAGCGGAAGCUGAAAACACAGACCUGACCGCUCAGAUUCAGAGGCUGCAGCAGAGCCAGGAGGAGCAGCAGGUGGAGCUUCAGGUCCUGCAGGAGGAGCUGCAGACGCUGAGGCAGCAGGCGGAGGAGGAGAGGACGGAGCAGGGACAGAGAGACCAGGAGGCGCUGACCGUGCUGAGCGAGCAGGCCGAGCACGCCGAGGGGACGGCCCGGCAGCUCACGGCCAGACUACAGGAGAAGGAAUCGCAGUUGGCUCAGGCUCUGACCACGUCCAGUGACUGGUGCCUGCGACACUCCAAAGAGGCUGCUGCUAGAGGACAGCUGGAGGAGGAGAUGUCUGCUCUCAGAUUUCAGGUGACGGAGCUGACCUCCAGGAUUCACUCAGCGGAGGAGAAGAGUCGGACGGAGAGGGAGGAGCUCCGCGAUCAGAUCCAACAUCUCAGCGCUGAGGACGCCUCCACCAAACUGGACAACCAGAGACUGAAGGGUCAGCUGACGUCAUCUGAGGAGAAGCUCAGAGGUCUGCAGUCUGAAGCUCGUCGGCUGAAAGCUUCGAUCAGAAAACAGGAAGACCUGGUGGAGAAAUGCAAGAAGAAGGUGCAGCAGGCUCGUCUGGAGUCGGAGGAGUGCCGCCUGAAGCUGGAGCUGACUCAGAAGGAGGCGCGGGAGGGGAAGGUGAGCCUGGAGAGGGAGACGGAGCAGCUGAGGAGGGAGCUGCUGACGCGGCUCAGGGAGCUCGAGGCGCUCCCCGACAGACUGAGGAGGGCCGAGCAGCAGCUCAGGGACGCGCAGCAGGAGGCCGACGCCCACGAGAGGAGGAACGUGGAGCACAACUCGGCUCUGAGUGAAGUCAGACACAAGGUGGAGCAGCAGGGCGCUCAGCUGGAGACCAUUCAGCAGAGGAAUCUUCUGCUGCAGGAGGAGAACAACGUCCUGAGAGAGAGAACGCACAACGCAGAGAGGCAGCUGGAGGACUUGAAGGUGGAGAACAACGACAUGUCUCAGUCUCUCUCCUCGAAGGACGCCGCUGUCCGCAGCGUUCAGCAGCAGCUGGAGGAGAAGACGCGGGAGUGCGGCGUGGUGUCCCGACAGCUGCAGCAGACUCUGGACGACGCUCAGAGACAGGUGGAUGAAAACAUGCAGAGGGUUUUGUCCAAAGAGAGAACGUCUCAGUCCAAAGCUCUGGAGCUGCAGAGCCAGCUGAGCCGAGCGAGAUCCGAGCAGAGUCAGCUGCAGAGGAGCAAAGAGGAGAUGGAGAGCCGCUUCAAGACUCAGCUGCAGAACAUGAAGGAGAGGCUGGAGCAGUCCGACUCCACAAACCGAACUCUGCAGAAUUAUGUUCAGUUCCUCAAAACCUCGUAUGGAAACGUGUUUGGCGAGUCUUUGCUCACCAGCUGACUGAAUGUUCCUCCAACCUGAGCCGAGAGUUUUAUAAAAUCUAUGACGUGAAUAACAAAAGUUUUUAAAUGAAA